UCUGCCUAUGUCGGUUCUUCUGUAUCAUGACGUAACCCAGUGAAAGAGCAAUCACUGCUCUCAACAAUGUAAGCAAUCAACAUAUUCCGACGCUGCUUCAAAUGUAGGCUAUCAAUAAGAGCCAUGCUACAUGGCUUGGGGCACUGUCCGUUUCGGUUAAUGAAACAUUCGUCGUGUUUCUGUAUUUGCAACGAGGGGCUAUCCAUUUCUCCUCUCCGCAAUGGUGAUUCAGACUGAAGCACGGACCCAGUGUCUGUAGAGGGAGUCAUGGCAACACAGGAACCUUCUCCCCCAUCAUCAAUGGAGAGCAACAAACCAGGCUUCCCCAAGAAGAUCUUGGCCAAUAAGCUGGAGGAUAAGCACCUUUGCAACUGCUGCCACAACAUAUUGAGGAGACCGUUCCAAGCUCAGUGUGGCCAUCGCUUCUGUUCCUAUUGCUUCAACAGGACUGUCAGCAAUGGACCCCAGAAAUGUAACGCCUGUAUCAAGGAGGACAUAUUCGAAGACCCCACAUCUAUUCUCAAGCAAGGCUGUGCCUUUCCUGACAAUGCAGCUCGGAGAGAAGUGGAGACGCUUGCUGCUAUUUGCGUCAACGACGGUUGCACAUGGAAGGGCAGUAUCAAAGAGUAUGAGCUAAGCCACGAGGGAAAGUGUGAGUUCAUGAUCAUCCCCUGCCCGUCGUGUAAAGAACGCAUCCGCUUCAGUGACCAGGAGAGGCACAAUGAGCGAGAGUGUCCCGAACGAACACUCAACUGCAAGUACUGCAAAGAGCCAUUCCACUUCAAAAACAUAAAGGCACAUGAUGAGAUCUGCCCCAAGUAUCCAAUGAUCUGUGAAGGCUGCGCAAAAAAGAAGAUCCCCCGGGAGAAGUAUGUGGACCAUAUCAAGUUUUGCAGCAAAUUCAGAACUCCGUGCAGAUAUCACGUGGUGGGCUGUGACAUGCUGGUUGAGAAGGAGAAGAUCCAUGAGCAUGAGCGCGCCUGCUCCCACGAGCACCUGAACCUGCUGCUGCACUUCAUCAUGGGCAUGAAGCUGAGUCUGGAGGGGCUGCAGCCCCAGAGCCUGGAGCUGGCCGGCCACAAAGCCCACGAGCUGCACCAGAGCCUGCGCGAGCUGGAGGCCCGCGUCAGCCAGCUGAACGCCAUGUCCGCCAACCCCGCCAUCGGGCCUCCCGUGCAGGGGGCCUCCUCCUCUUCCUCCUCCUCUGGUUCCGCUGGAGCCUCCGGUUCCUCCUCCGGAGCCGGUGGUGCUGGUGGUGCCGCUGCCCCUCCUCCGCCUCUGCCACAGCCCACGGCCACAUUGCCCACCUCCUUCACCCCGCUGCCCAGCUCUGUGGGCGCGGCGCUGGAGCUGCAGCUGCACAGCGAGAAGACCAAGGUGGCAGAGCUGGGCCGGCGCUGCCAGGAGCUGGAGGUGAAGGCGGGCACGUUCCAAGACGUGGUGUGUGUGUUGAACCGUGAGGUGGAGCGCUUUGCCACCACCAUUGAGGCUAGCAACCGCCAGCACCGCCUGGACCAGGACAAGAUCGAGGCCCUUAGUAACAAGGUGCGGCAGCUUGAGCGCACGGUGGGGGUUAAGGACCUUACGGUGGCUGAGAUGGAGGGCCGGCUCCGUGAGAUGUCCGCCACCACCUUCGAUGGUGUCUUCAUCUGGAGGAUCUCAGACUUCACCAAGAAGAGACAGGAUGCUGUUGCAGGACGAGCCCCCGCUAUGUUCUCCCCUGCGUUCUACACCAGCAAGUAUGGCUACAAGAUGUGCCUGCGUAUCUACCUGAAUGGAGACGGGACGGGCCGAGGCUCACACCUCUCUCUGUUCUUCGUGGUGAUGAGGGGACAGAGUGAUGCUCUGCUCAAGUGGCCAUUCAACCAGAAGGUCACCCUCAUGCUGCUGGACCAGAGCAACCGCGAGCACAUCAUAGACGCCUUCCGGCCUGAUGUCACUUCCUCUUCCUUCCAGCGGCCCGUCAGCGAGAUGAACAUCGCCAGCGGGUGCCCGCUCUUCUGCCCGCUGGCCAAGCUGGAGGGCAAAAACUCCUACAUCCGCGACGACACCAUCUUCAUCAAGGCAAUUGUCGACCUCACUGGCCUCUAAUGUAAUCUGACGGCUGGUGUUGCUCCACCGCAGGCUUCUCUUAACGGUUCUGCCACUUGUGUUAAACAUGACAGGCUGACGUGUCAUGCGAUCUGAUCCGCUUUGCCGCGAUUUCAACAGGGUAUUUUGUGUGCAACACAAGGCUUGUUUUACUUUCGCCGAGAGCCUGUUGCGCUCGUUUUUUCAUGGCACAUCUACUCACCUGCAUGCCAAUGCCAAUGUUGAUCCAGCAUGUGUCUGCAUUGAUGCUGUGUUGGCCAGGGUGUGACUUGGCGUUGUUGCCACAAGAUGGAGCUAGAGCUCUAGGUGAUGCACACGCUCAUCAAGCACAUCAGCACAACAAUGAAGGAGUGUCAGCUUAAAUGCUAAGAUGAGGUAUUGUUAAGAAGAGGGCUACAAGUGACUAGUAAGUCAUUAGUUUUGUUUACAUUUUUAAAAAAGCUUAAAUUUUAGUAACUGCGACAAUAGGGCCAAUCGGACCUGUAUCUGUCUGGUGCUGUGUACCUGCGCUUUGGUAUGACAGGGUAAAUUGUUUUGAAAUUCUUCUUUAUCUGUAUUUGAAUGAAUAGAAUAACUGAGAUGCACCUAUGUAAAGAUGCAAACUAUAAGUGUCAAGGGAAAUUUGGCUGUUUUCUUUUUUGAAUUAGACAUGGAUUGGCCCCAAGUUUCAAGCCUCAAAACUUCAGCCCUCUCUAAAAGGACAGUUUCGAUUAUGCUUGCUUAAUGUAGCGAUCAUGAAUUUGCAUAGAAGAAACGUGGAGUUACUGAAAAAAGUAAUUGGCAGUCUUUAAUGUAGGUGCGAUUUUUGCAUGUUCACCAACCCUAGCAUCUCUUUUUCCGUUGACCUUUUGAGAGAGAAAAAGUUUCAUUGUCUUUCAGCAGCUUGCACAGUCGAUUUCUUUCAUGUUCUUAAAAGGAUGGCAACAUUCCAUUUAGUGGUGCGCUCCAGGUCGGUGGAGGUUUUUAGACUUGAGGGCUGGCUUGUCACAUCUGUGGAAGAUACAUUUGGAGUUAUCAGGGUUCUAGCAGUAGCUCACAGGGUUUCAUGACAUUCAUACUUUAGAAGACUCAACACAUUAUUGUGUAUAGUUUUGCAUUUUGCAUUUCUUGACUUAAACAGGGUGUGUUUGGCCUUUCUGCUACAGUAUGGCUUGUUGCGUUUGUUCAUCUCUCCUCUCUUACACCAAGGGACCUUUUGUCUUAGCAGAUUUGGUAAUGGAAUGUAAAAGAUUUCUGUAAACAUAUUGAGUGCAAUGGUUUGGGGUUUCAAUGAAGUUUCUUGAAGAUGUUUAUCGAAUUUGGAUGUAAAUUCCUCAUAUGGAAGUAACCUGUGAUAGGUUGCCACGUGUGCAAUGUUUAACUAAUUUGAUAGGCAGUUAGACUAGUUUUAUGGUGGAUGUGUUCUGGAAGAAGUUAUCUGUGAAACUGUGUUGACAACUAUAAUGUUGAGGACUCAUUUAAGGAUAUAUAUAAUAUGUAUGUUACAGAGACUAUACGUACAGUAUAUGGGGUAUAUUAGAGAUGUGGUGCAAUUUGAAAUGAGCUUUUAUUCCAUUUGGCUUCAAUGCAUUUUGUGAAGUAAUGGUGGUUAUUUUUAAACCAGCCAUGACAGGUUUUGAUACCUCUCUGUGCAUGAGAGGUUUCAAAGAAUAUAAAGUUUUAUUGUGUGUGUUAAGCUGUGAUCUUACACACUAGAUCAGCAGUGAACACACAUCAUUAUAUUUUAAUAAAUAUUAUAU